AUAUACUUAUAUAGUAUAAUAGGUAAUAGGUACCUACGUUGCUAUUUUGAUUUACGUUGUUUUGCACAUGCUUGGGUGUAAAGAUUCUUUUAAUACUUAACCAAUUUGAAGAUAAUAAAGUAAAGUAACAUACAGGCUAUACUAAAACUUCGCUUACGUACAAUAUAAAUUGUACAUAAGAAAGUGAAUUCCUAUCCAUCAUAAAUGGAGGAACUUUCACAAUCUACCGAUUUAACUUACCCACCAACCGAGCCUAUGCAAACAGAACAGCCAAUGGAUGCUGUCAAGAUACCUAAUCAACCUUCAAUCCAACCGCCGGAGAGCGUCGGACCGCAGAGCGGUAAACACGAAGAGUUUUCUGUUGAGAAAGUGUUAGACCGUAGAAUUAAAAACGGAAAAGUGGAGUACUUACUCAAGUGGAAAGGGUAUUCUGAUGAAGACAACACAUGGGAGCCAGAAGAUAAUUUAGAUUGUCCAGAUUUAAUAUCUGCUUAUGAAGAAGCGCGUCUUAAGAGGGAAAGAGAGGCUGCAGCACCUAUCGAAGUAGAGGAAAAUCAUUCUACUCGCAAACGAGCUAAGAGAGGAGAUAAGAAGAAAGAAAAGAAAGUUGAGGAGAUUGAAAAACCAAGAGGCUUAGCAAGAGAACUACAACCAGAAAAAAUUCUUGCUGGCCAACUGUUCCAUGGUACUUUGUACUUCUUAGUAAAAUGGCAAGGCUGUGAAGAAAUUGAUGUAGUUCCAGGACACGAUUUGGGACAAGCGUUCCCAGAUUUUGUGAUAAACUAUUAUGAACAGUGCGCUCCAUUCAGUGUCAGACAUAAUGUAGGCAGAGUGCCAAGGGUCGCUCCAGAACUGCCGCCGUUAGAAACAUCUCAAACAAGCACAGAAACUCCAAUGGAGGUCAGUCAAGAUACACCUUCUCUACCACAAACAGAUCAACCGGCGGUAGAAACAACUGAAUCUCAACCCAUAACAGAAACAGAAACGCAACAACCCAUUGAAGUACCAGUAAACUGACUUUCGUACUACAACACUUAAAACAAACAAAACUAGCAAUUUUAGAUCGAUAUAUAAUUCUUUACAAACAUUACAUACAAAGCUACAUGUAUAUAAUUAUAGUCUAUCAUGUGUAAGCUGAAUGUAAAAAAGUGCAGGAAAUUAAAGUGUUAGAUAUCAUGUCCUAAUAAACGACUACACUUAUAAUUA